CACAAACAUAUACAAAAACAUCCAUCUGUUCGAUACUCCUUAGAUACUAGACUAUAUACACAUAGCUCAAUCCAUCGGCCAUGGGUUCUUGGAAGCGCACCAUCACGUCGCCGUUCAGGAAGGCCUGCACCAUCCUCAGCCCGCAGCACACCGGCGGGAGCGGCAGCGGCAGGAGCGACGACCACGGCAGUGGCAGCGAAGGCGGCAGGAAGACGCCCCGUGCGCGCCACCAGCUCAAGCGAUCCGGAGCGGCGGCGGCGGUGGCGCGUGCCAGCGACGUGGUGGAGAGCCCGUCCACCGCGCAGCUCUACGGCGACGUCAUGGCCUGCGCCUACGAGGACGUGCAGGUCAUGUGGUCCAUGCUCGACAACAAGCAGGCCAGGGUCCUCGACGCCGCCGCAUCGUGACCUCGUCGUCCUCGCGGAUCCGUCCAGUACAUACUCUCUUGCUACGCAGAUGCAGAGCGAGUCGACCCGGGAGCCUUUUUUUCGGUUGAUUUGUCGGUCCGAUCGGAAUGAAUCCCCAGCGGUGGCAUCGCACCUUGCUUGUUAGCGGAGGUGUUUUCUUGCCAGAUUAGGAGCUUGGAGUGAUUUGAUCGAUUGCUGCAGCAGCAUUAGGAUGGAUCCUUGCUUAAGAACAUGUUUAUCUUUUCUCUCUUC